GGAAGCAAAGAUCUUAUCUGAAUUUUAUAUUAUUCGUUCCAGCUAACUAAACAGAAGAAUAUUAUGAUUCUCUGCCAUUGAAUUGGUUUGGUGAAGAAAUUAACAACAGCAGAUUAAUGGAUAUCAGCCAGCCACGGAUGAGAGAAUCAAGUGAGAAGGCCAAAAGCCUCAACGAUUGGCUUCCCAUCACUAAAUCCCGAAAUGGCAACUUAUGGUACUCUGCAUUCCACAAUGUCACCGCCAUGGUUGGCGCUGGCGUCUUGGGUCUCCCUUACUCCAUGUCUCAACUUGGAUGGGGUCCUGGUGUUGCUAUAAUAAUUCUUUCAUGGGUAAUCACUCUGUAUACCUUGUGGCAAAUGGUGGAGAUGCAUGAGAUGGUUCCUGGGAAGAGAUUUGACAGGUACCAUGAGUUAGGCCAGUAUGCCUUUGGCGAAAAGCUUGGACUUUGGGUGGUGGUGCCGCAGCAGCUGAUGGUGGAGGUCGGAGUCAAUAUUGUUUAUAUGAUUACUGGUGGAAAGUCCCUGAAGAAGUUCCAUGACACCGUUUGCCCCAGCUGCAAAGACAUCAAAACCACCUACUUCAUCAUGAUUUUCGCAUCCGUUCACUUCAUUCUCUCUCACCUCCCCAGUUUCAAUUCCAUCACUGGUGUUUCUUUUGCUGCCGCUGCAAUGUCUCUAAGCUACUCCACCAUUGCCUGGGUGGCGUCUGCUAAGAAAGGGGUUCAAGCAGGUGUGAGCUAUGCUCCAAGGGAAUCAACCAAUACAGGAAAUGUGUUCAACUUCUUCAGUGCUUUGGGGGAUGUGGCUUUUGCCUAUGCUGGGCACAAUGUGGUUCUGGAAAUACAGGCAACAAUUCCAUCCACUCCAGAAAAGCCAUCAAAGAAGCCCAUGUGGAAGGGGGCUAUCAUAGCCUACAUUGUGGUGGCCUUGUGUUACUUCCCAGUAUCAAUGGUGGGUUAUUGGGCAUUCGGAAACAGUGUGGAGGAUAACAUCCUGAUAUCACUAGAGAAGCCCCGUUGGCUCAUUGCAGCUGCCAACUUGUUUGUUGUUGUUCAUGUUAUAGGAAGCUACCAGGUGUUCGCAAUGCCUGUUUUUGACAUGGUUGAAGCAUUUUUAGUCAUGAAGAUGAAUUUUAAGCCAACCAGACUGCUCCGCUUUAUCAUUCGCACUUUAUAUGUUGCACUCACCAUGUUCCUAGGAAUGUCGUUCCCUUUCUUUGGCGGCCUGCUAAGUUUCUUUGGAGGAUUUGCUUUUGCUCCAACAACAUAUUUUCUCCCUUGCAUCUUUUGGCUUGCCAUCUACAAACCAAAAAGAUUCAGCUUCUCAUGGAUCACGAACUGGAUUUGCAUAAUACUUGGUGUUCUUUUGAUGGUUUUGGCUCCUAUUGGUGCCUUAAGGCAGAUCGUACUUCAAGCUAAGGACUACAAGUUUUACUCUUAAUUAAGCAUCCUAGGUUACUUUUUUUAUCUAUAUAUGUUAAUGCAAGUUUCUUUUUCUUGGAACUAUUAACUCACCAUCCCUCGAUCAUGUUAGGCCAAGGGUUAUGGAUGCUCAAGGAAUGAAUUAUUAUUAUUAUU